AUGAAAGACGGGGCAAGGCCAGUGUUUGUUAAGCCACGUAAAGUUCCUUAUGCACUGAAAGAGGCUGUAGAAGCGGAGUUAGAAAAACUUGAGAGAAAUGGUGUGAUAAAAAAAACUGAGAGGACAAAGUGGGCAAGUCCAGUAGUAGUUGUACCAAAGGCCGAUAAGUCUAUAAGCUUGUGUGGAGACUAUAAG